UUGGGAGAUUAGACUGAGGUGAUGAUUUUACGUUACGGAUGCUCCUUCUUCAUCAUUUUUAGAAAAAUCAAUCGGAUCUAUACUAGUAGUAUAUUCAAAUGUUUUGGUUUCAUAUUCAUAUUCUGGCUCAGUGCUUUUUUCUUUUGAAUCUGUUGGGGAAUCAUAUUGAGGUAAUGGUUUCACAUCAACAAAAUCAUCAUUUGUUACGGAUGUUCUUCGUCAUUUUUAGAAAAAUCAAUUGGAGCUAUACUAGUAGUAUAUUCAAAUGGUUCGAUUUCGAUUUUGAUUUCAGUUCAGUUUUGCAUUUGUAUUGAAGACUUUUAUACUUUUCCUUUUAAUGGGUGUUCCUUUAAUAAUAUCAGGUCUUCUACCACCAAUAAUUUGAAGUGCAAGAUCCUUAUCAUGAGAAUCACCUAAAAAUGGAAGUUAAUUCCCACAUUAUCAUACUUAAGCUAUAAACUUCAGAUUGCUUUGUAUAUGGCUUAUUCAGGAGCAAUAUAAGGCAAAACCCCUUAGAUGUCUUCCUGAACUAUUGUUGAGUCAAUAGGUUUACAAAAUCCAAAAUCACUUAUUAAAAUUCUUCUAUCUUCAUUUACCAAAAAUAUUUCAUUUCGUGAAGGCUUUCGAAAUAUUUAUAAGAAUCUC